ACGGGUUAGUCGUUGUAUUUAACGAGCUAUAGUUCGAUAGAAUUACAAUUUUCUCGAGAAUGUUCUAAGAACUUUCGCAUGGACUAAUCCGUGGUAAUGCAAACGUGUAUACGGCAGUGAAACGUAUCGUGUACAAUUGUUUAAGCAAUUCUGAUUUUGUUCCACGGUAUGUCAGAAGGCGAGGCUACAGCGUCGCAGAAGAAACAGCAGCCAUUUCAGCAACAGCCACAACUUGGAGUAGGCUCAAUGGCGAAUAUGGCAUGGCAAUAUCCCUCGCCCAACAAUAUCCACAACAUGUUUCCUCCAUAUUCAGGGCAGUUGUAUGGACCAGGAUAUCAGGGUGUACCUCAUCAAGGACAAACAUUUAGCUACUAUCAUUCAAUGAUGCCUGGAUAUGGACAACCUUUUACUCCACAGCAGAUGCAACAACAACAGCAGCAGCAACAUCAACAACAACAACAGCAACAGCAGGGUAACAAUCAGGGAAAGCAGCUGCAUCAGCAACCACCAGUUCCUGGGACCCCAAUGUCUUUGGAUGAUGACUCUGAACUUCCUCCCUUGCCCCCUGGACCACCACCAUCUGUGCAGACAUCUCAGCAACAUAACAAUCAAGUACAACCAUCCAUACAGCCUCAUCUAGGGUAUAUGUACAACACAUUUCCUUAUGGUAUUUGGAAUGGAAUGCACAGUGAUAUGACUCAAUACAAUAAUCAAAUCCGUUUUAAUGUACAAAACAAAAAGAAUGGUUUGCCAUUCUCUCCAUCUGGUAAUAGUGGAGCUGCAAAGAAAAAACGUAAGCGGAAUAAAAAUUUAGCAGCUCAGUUCAACAAUAGCUUUCAGGCAAACAGUACGACGACGAAUUUCGUGCCGGGACCCAAUCUGAAGACCGAGUUACCACCUUUACCUCCUGCACAGCGUGAAGUUGCAGCUCCUCCUCCACCAACUGAAGAAUCCCCCGCUCCUAUUACACCUGCUAUUACGACCGUUAAUAAUACAACUCCUAGUGCUGGUACACCAGCGGUAGGUACUCCCUCUAUCGUGACUACUCCCAGCCCGGUCGGUGAUUGGCCUGAUAGCCUGAAGAACUACGUGAACAGAUGCUACGAAAAGUGUAAAACGGCGGUUGACAAAGACCAAGUCGAGAUCAUAUUAAAGGGAAAAAUCACACGCGCAGCGAACGACGGUUCGCUUUGGGUGAAAGACUGGGACCAAGAACCUUUGCCUAGCAUUCACAGUGAACGUAUGACUAUGACGAUAAAACCUCAAAAACCGGCCUUGAAAUUAAAUAGCUUGCCAAAUCCGCUGAUGAAUACACAGGGAGGCUUGCGCAAGCCAGGUCUUUCCACUUCUCUCGGGGCUCGGCUUGGCGCGCGUCUCUCUGUGAAUCACAAACGGUCAAGGUCAAGAUCAAGGUCGAGGACUAGAUCGAGAUCAAGAUCGAAGUCGAGAUCGAGGUCGAGGUCGAGAUCGAAGUCGAGGUCGCGUUCGAAUACACGUAGUCCGCCGUCCCGGAAGUAUAGGCGUAGCACUUCGUCGUCGUCGAAUGUUAGUGAUCGGGAACACGAUUAUAAGUCGUUAAAAACGAAAAAGUCAGCUAAAAACAAACAGAGUCACAACAGCAAGAAAACAAAGAAGACUAAACAGAUGAAAUCACAUUUCUAUUCAGAGUUUGGUUUAUCUGCAGGCAACACUGAUGAAUUAGGAUCCAAGGAGAAAUUACAACAACGUGCUGCAAGAUUUAAUGAUACUAUUUCCAGGACAGUCAGCAAUGGUGUUAAAGACGAUCCCACUGCAGACUUUGAUUUUACCGGACUUCACAUUGUCGGCAUAUGCAAGGACAUUGAGAAGCCAUAUUUGCGAUUAACAUCCGCUCCAGCUCCCUCCGCUGUGCGACCGGUAAGUGUACUCCAAAAUUCUUUGGCACAUGUCAAGAAACGCUGGGUGGCUGAUCAAGACUAUAGAUAUGCUUGUGAUCAACUUAAAUCUAUUCGUCAAGAUCUUACCGUCCAAGGCAUUCGAGAUGCAUUUACAGUCCACGUGUAUGAAACACACGCCCGCGUCGCUUUAGAAAAAGGCGAUCACGAAGAAUUCAACCAGUGUCAGACACAAUUGCGGAUGUUAUAUCAAGACGUCGGUGGAGAAAACCGAUGUGAAUUUAUCGCAUAUAGGAUAUUAUAUUAUAUAUUUACGAAGAAUACACAAGACUUAACAACAAUUUUAGCAGCUUUGUUGGAAGAGGACAAAACUGAUGAGUGCAUAAAACAUGCGCUAAAAGUGCGUUCUGCUUGGUGGCUGGGUAAUUUCCAUGCUUUUUUCAAGCUAUACACUUCUGCGCCAAGGAUGGCGGCCUUCCUGAUGGACUGGUUUGUUGCGAGAGAACGCAAGAAUGCAUUGAAGACCAUGAUAAAGUCCUACCGGCAAAAUUUGGCGGUUGAUUUCGUCGUAGCAGAAUUGGCCUUUGAAUCUUUGGACAAGUUUUAUGAAUUUGUCAAUGAAUUGGGGUUGGUUUAUGCUGAUCCUGAACAACACCUAAUCGACUGCAAGACAAGCAGUGGUUCUCUAGGUGCUUGGUAAAAAGCAACAUCACUCUUUUUUCGUGGAAGACAUAUAAAAAAAACGAAAACCAUUGUCGUGCACAUUCGUAGGCACAAAUCGGUGUGUGUAUAUGCAUAUGUUUCCCAGUAAUAUGCAUAUGUAGCCUAUACAUUACAUAUGCAUAUGCAUGUGCAUAUAUCUUACUACACAUUGACCUGUAUUACCGAUAAUUCUUACCAUCCCCUAAUCAUUGUUCUCUUCGUUGAUCGACGAUCACUCAGUCGAACAACAAUUUGUAAAUGAAAGUUUUCCCCAUCAUAUAAUUUGUACAUACGUGUCUCGAUGUCGGCCCACCGCAAACCGAAGAAUCCAAUUUACGGGCUGAUAAGAAUUGUACAAAACGAAUAGGACGGUCAUUUUUUCAAGUCGUCCGCAACUACCUCAAUAGAGACUCGGUAUGAAGCCGAGGCUUGUAGUGAAUUACGAAGGGAAAAAGGAAACGAUGUCUUCAGGCCACAAAAAAUCUCGUUUGGUCAAACCUCGAAUUCCUCAAUCGCAGCAGAUUCUCUACAUUCGUUAAUAUUAUAUUACGUGUUUUUACUCUCGUGUCUGGUGAUUCUGCUCGUCGUUUUUCUAAAACACAUUGUCCACCAAAGGAAUUGGAAUUUUUUAACCAUUUGCCAAAAUCUUUCGCUCUACAAGGAUCCAAUUUAUUGCUUGCUACUUCAAAGGGAAAUUUCGACAUUUUGAUUACCAUGGAUUUGCAACGUAUACACGCGUGAAUGGAUUGAUUGUACGGUGAUUGCUCCCACGAUAGAAAAGAAAAUGGUAAAGGAUUGAAAUUGAGGAACAUGUUGAAUAUACGUUAUCGCUACAAAGGGAUUUUCGGUAAGGAAUAAGGAAGUAUUGAGGGUUAUCGAAGGAAAUUGGCAUAAUCAACGGUUCGUCAAUGAAGAUGGAAGAAAAGAGACGAAGGCAGGUUACGGUUUCGUGUAAUGGCGCCACGAAGCAUCGGUUUGAAGGAAGUAUUCGGCGUGACGUGUUCAAGAAUCAACAAUCAGAACUCUUCUAAUCGGGACAUCACACGUAUAUUGGUAUCAAAUGCUAUUCGCGGGUGAAGAGUGAUUAUUUUUAUCUUUUUAAGUGUUUACCGCAGGACAAUGUUUUUUUUUUUUUGUUCUUAAUAGUCCGUCAUCGAUUCUAUCGGGCGUCGAGAAUUCUGUUUCCACGUUAUGAGAAACACAGGGGUACAAGGUUAUGAAUUCGGAGAGAAGAAAAAGACAUUUUUCAUUGUACGAUCACAUUCGAAUAUGGUGUUGUGCGUAAUAAAUUAUUUAAUUUUCGGAUAUUA